AUGGAUAAAGAAAUAAAGAAAGAAAAAUGUUUUGAUGCCAUCAAUAAUAAGACUAAUUCACAGAGAAUAUUAAGAGAAAAGGAGAACAACUUAAUUAACAACCGAUUUGUGAAGAGUCUCCCACUUUCUGCUGUGUUUAAUAACAUCCAUAUAUUGAACAAGAAAUGCAAACCUGAAAACUACUCUUUCGACGACACGUACAUAAAAAAGAAAGCCGAACGAUUAGAAGUGGAACUCAUUGGACAUGAUUUCACGGGAUUGGGCUUUAAUUUAUGCGGGAAUAUGAGAGACGGGAUAUUUGUGAAGGAUGUGCUCAAUAGGGGUCCCGCCAAUGAGUCGGGAAUUGUUAAAACAGGCGAUAAAAUAAUUAGCGUUUGUGUGUCUUUCGAGUCGAUGGUGUUUGAAGACGCGGUCGCUAUCCUUAGCUAUGCCUCGCCUUAUAAUGUGAAGAUAGAGCUCGAAAAGGGCUCUCAUUAUCCCACAGUUGAGAGAAAUGCAAACUUUCUCAAUAUAAAUAAAAAUCUCACCACAAAUACUGAUAAGCCAUUACUUCAUCCCUUAUAUCGAAGCCAUUCAGUCGACGAUUUGACACAAAUUACAAAAGAGACGUCUCUAUCAGAGAAGAGCACCACUUCUGAUGCACAUAAUGUCAUACAAAGAAUUAAAACACAAAUUCUAAACAGAAUUAAUAUAAAACAUUCAGUCGUCGAUCAAAAUGCAAAGAAAACUCCAGACACUGACGAACAGUAUUUGCAAAAAAGUAGUGCUGAAGUACAAGAAGUGGUGAUAGAAAUACCUCCAAUUGAGGACAGUAUUGUUACCGCCGAUCAAAUAGAUUCCGUUGCAAACGAAAAGAGUAUUCAAUCUAUUGAUUGUAAAAAUGAGUCCAAAGUCGAGGAUAAGAGGGACUCUUUGACUGCGACUGAAACUCAAACGAUUAAAAAACAAGUGAUUCCCGCAAAACGAAAGGGAAAAGCACCGCAACCGCCCACUGAGACACCCCCGCAGACAUCUUCUGUAGAUUUGUCACUUAUUUCAAGUAAUUCUGUCGUCGAGACCAUUGAAACAACAGCUCAGAUCCAUAAUGAAGAUGCUGUCAAAGAAACGCCAAUAAUUGAAUUAAAUUGCGAAGAAGUUAUUGUCGAGAGAAUACUGAAAGUGCCUGAAGAGGAAGUAAAGAAUUUAGUAACGAUGGAUAAUCACUCAAACAGUUCCAUAGAGUCCAUCAAUAUUGAUGAAAAUAUAUGUUCAAAAGAUGUAAUAUUAGUGCCAUUGGAGUCAAGUUCUCCCCAAAGAGUUCAGAGCCCAACCGGGAAACCAAAAUCUUCGUCAAUGAGUGACUUAACCAAUAAUAACGACAAAUUACAGUCAAUUCUGUUAGAGAGAGCCGUUUCGCUGGAUAUGAAAGGACAGAGUCUUCCCGAAGAAAAUCUCAAUAAUAUUCACACAAAGAAUGUGUUGAUUCUGAAUAACGAAAGCGUG